UAGUUUUAUGUGAGGAGUUGGAAGAGCGAGAUUUUUUAUUAUUUAUUAUUAUUAUUUGUUUGUUUAAUCAGUACAUUUCAUACAUAAAAUUAGACUAAUUAAUAUUAAUUAUUUUUUUGCAUCUUGCAUUGAAAAGCAGUUCUGCAUACACCAGAGGCACCUCGUUUUGUCCAUAUUGUCCUAAACCUCCUAUGUGCCCAUUUUGUGGAAUAGCCCUUUGACCCGCCCCCUGUGACUUCCAGUGUUAAGCUGAGAUCUUGGUAACAAGGCGAGAGUUGUAGGUGCUCCAGCAUGGAUAUGAAAGAAGCGCAUAAAUCAACGUUGUCGGGGACAGUGAGCACGAAGAGGGCCGUGUUGUGGGGGAUCGUUGCCGUCGUGGUUGUUGCCGUCGUGGUAGGAGUCGCCGUUGGUGUCCCUCUGUCGAAGAAGGACGGUAGCGACGGACAGCCUCUCGUGAGCCCGGACGGUUCCACCAUAGCUCCUGGGACGGAUCUCUACAAAGCCAUACAGAUCUUGAACCAGUACCCUCUCGUUGACGGCCACAACGACUUGGCUUAUCAAUACCGGAAGAAUGCUCAGAACAAGGUGCAAGAAGUUAAUCUUAAUAUGGACAUGCGCAAGAAGUGGAAUAUUUCUCAUACGGACAUACCACGACUGCGAACCGGAAGACUGGGAGCGCAGUUCUGGGCGGUGUACACCAGUUGCACCGCACAGUACAAGGACACUGUCCGCAUAGGUCUUGAGCAGACAGACACGGUUAAAAGGUUCGUCAAGAAGUACCCCGAUACGUUUCAACUCGUCACCACCGCUGAUGGUAUACUUGAUGCCCACAAAAACAACAAGAUUGGAAGUCUGAUGGGUUUGGAGGGAGGUCACGCCAUCGACAGCAGUUUAGGAAAUCUGAGAAUGUUCUAUGAGUUGGGAAUCAGAUACAUGACUCUCACCCACAGCUGUAACACGCCCUGGGCAGACAACUGGAAAGUGGAUAUUGAUAAUACGCCAGAGUUUGAUGGAUUGUCUCCAUUUGGUGAGAAAGUGAUUAAGGAGAUGAACCGACUGGGGAUGCUGAUUGACCUCUCUCACGUGUCGAAGGCCACCAUGCAGGACGUGCUCAUCCUCUCCGUCGCGCCCGUCAUCUACAGCCACAGCUCCGUGUUCGCCAUCUGCAACCACUACCGCAACGUGCAGGACGACGUCCUACAGAUGACGAAAACCAACAAAGGGGUGGUGAUGGUUAAUUUCUACAGUGAUUACGUCAACUGUCCACCGAGAAACGACACCAAAGCUACACUGUCAAAAGUCGCCGAUCAUAUCGACUACAUCAAGAAUCUGAUCGGAGUCGACUACGUGGGCAUUGGUGCUGACUACGACGGCGUCACAAGAGUACCGGAGGGAUUGGAAGACGUCUCCACAUACCCUAACCUGUUCGCAGAACUCAUCCGCAGAGGCUGGAGUGAUGAGGACCUGAUGAAAUUAGCGGGCAAAAAUCUCGUCAGGGUCUUCAAGGCAGCCGAGAAGGUCCGGGACGACAUGUCGAACAUGCCUCCGUAUGAAGACCUCAUUCCAAGCUCGGCCACCGCUAACGAAACCUGCAGAACACACAUAAAUAUGGAUAUGGAAAUGACGGACAAGUCGAAUUCGCAGUCUCUUAUCUUUGAGAACAGGUCCGGAGUGUGUCGUAACAGGAGGGUGGUGUGGGGGAGCCUCAUCGGCUUCUCGCUGGGCGCCGUCAUCGUCGGUCUUGCCGUCGGCGUCCCGUUGUCGCAACGAUCGUCGGGCGCCGAGUCCUCGGUGGUUGGUUCUGAUGGGUCGGCGGUUUCUCCGGGAACCAGCCUGUACAGGGCUAUACAGAUACUGAAGGAGUACCCAUUAGUGGACGGACACAACGAUUUGGCGUGGCAGUACAGAGUGAAAGCCCGAAAUCAAGUCCAUGACGUCAAUCUCAACAUGGACAUGCGCACAAGCUGGAACCUCAGCCAGACAGACAUUCCACGUCUGCAAACCGGAAGAGUAGGCGCGCAGUUCUGGUCGGCGUUUGUCCCAUGUUGGACAAAAUGGAAGGACGCGGUCCGACAAUCGCUUGACCAGAUAGAUACUGUGAAGAAAAUUGUUAACAAAUACCCAAACAUCUUCCAGUUUGUAACGUCAUCAGACGGAAUACUGGAUGCCUACAAGGCUGAGAAGAUCGGAAGCCUGCUGGGACUAGAGGGAGGUCACUCCAUCGACAGCAGUUUGGGGAAUCUGAGAAUGUUUUACGAUCUGGGAGUCCGAUACAUGUCGUUAACACACACCUGUAACACACACUGGGCCGAUAACUGGAGUAUGGACAUAAUGAACAUGACACAGUUCGGCGGUCUUUCAACAUUUGGCGAGACGGUGGUGAGAGAGAUGAACCGACUUGGUAUGAUCGUCGAUCUGUCGCACACGUCCAAACGUACCAUGGAAGACGCCGUCGUCAUCUCAGUCGCCCCCGUCAUCUUCAGCCAGAGCUCCGUGUUCGCUAUCUGCAACGACUACCGCAACGUGCAGGACGACAUCCUACAGCUGAUCAAAACCAAUAAAGGGUUGGUGAUGACAGCUUUCUACACUGAUUUGAUUAACUGUCCUCCCAAGAGCAAAACGACGGCCACGCUAUCUCAAGUUGCCGACCACAUUGAAUACACUAAGAAUUUCAUUGGUAUCGAUCAUGUAGGCAUUGGAUCAGGUUUUGACGGUGUCGAAAGACUCCCCGAGGGUCUAGAAGACGUGUCUAAAUACCCGCACCUGUUCGCCGAAUUGAUUGACAGGGGGUGGAGCGACGAAGACUUAAUGAAGCUAGCUGGCAAAAACCUUGUUCGAGUUUUCAAAGCGGUAGAAAGGGUAAAUAAUUAGAUGUCCAAUAUGGCGCCCAAUGAAGACCUAAUUACAGAUCUCCCUACCAUGUACUGCAGAACGUCAUUUUGA